GCAACAGCUCGCAGCUUCUGCUGGUGGCAUUGCGCUCUCUGACGCCGCAGUGGUCUACUUCGGCCUUGGGAGAAUCCGCAGGCUGCCUCGGGCGCCUCAGUGGUAUUCUUCCCGUCUCGGUCCGCGAGAUCCCCUUCCCCACGAUCGCCUACCUCGACGAUCCCUUUGCCACCUUUGUUUCCGCCGUCUUCGGACUCUUCUUUGUGCUGGUCUUCAUUUGGCCGCUGACUCGCAUCAUCAAAAGCCUAGUCGAGGACAAGGAAGCGCGCAUCAACGAGGUCAUGAAGAUGAUGGGCAUGCCUGCAGAAGCCAUCACCUUUGGCUGGUAUCUGACCUAUGGGAUCCUUUGGCUGAUCCCUGCGGCCCUGAUGACCAUCAUCUGCUGGGGGACGGUGUUUCAGCACAGCAACAAGUUCGUGGUCUUCCUCUUCUUCUGGCUCUUCGGAAUGUGCGUCAUCACGCUCUGCUCUUUCAUCUCAGUUUUCUUUGCCACGGCGAAGAUGGCUAGUGUCGUGGGAGCACUGAUCUUCUUUCUCCUGUACUUUCCCUACAU